UCCUGCCAAAAACGACGCUGGAGUACGAUAUACAAUACGUGCCAAAAGAUGACUCCUUCCACGCGUCAAAGAAGGCGUGUCAACAGGUCAAGUACGGCGUGCAGGCGGUAUUCGGUCCGUCGGAUCCCAUACUCGGCCAACACAUCCACAGCAUCUGCGACGCACUGGACAUUCCACAUCUGGAAGCCAGGCUGGACCUGGACACGGAGGCGAAAGAGUUCAGCAUCAACCUCUAUCCCGCACAAAGUUUGCUCAACGCCGCUUAUCAGGACAUCAUGGAGUUUCUCAACUGGACCAAGGUCGCCAUUAUCUACGAGGACGACUAUGGACUGGUGAAGCUACGAGAGCUCGUCAGGUCGCCGAAGUCUCGAGAGAUCGAGGUUAACCUGAGGCAAGCCGACCCGGAUUCCUACAGGCAGGUUCUCUCCGAGAUGAAAAGCAAGGAAAUACGGAAUCUCAUCGUGGAUACCAGGCCGGAGCAUAUGCAUCAUUUUCUGCGAAUGAUCCUGCAGCUGCAAAUGAACGACUACAAGUACCACUAUCUCUUCACGACUUUCGAUAUCGAGACCUUCGACCUCGAGGACUUCAAGUACAAUUUCGUCAAUAUCACUGCCUUCCGUCUGGUCGACGCGGAGGACGUCGGUGUGCGGGGUAUCCUGAGGGACAUGGAACGUUACCAGCCGUCCGGGAAUACGAUCCUCAACAAAUCGAGAGUUAUACAGGCGGAGCCGGCGCUCAUGUACGACAGCGUGCAAGUGUUCGCCGUUGGAUUGAGGACUCUGGAACAGUCGCACGCGCUCAGACCCGCGAACAUCUCCUGCGAGCUGGAACACCCAUGGGACGGAGGUUUGUCCCUCAUCAACUACAUCAACUCGGUGGAGAUGAAGGGCAUUUCUGGUCCCAUUGAGUUCAAAGAAGGCCGCAGGAUACAGUUCAAGCUUGAUCUGCUGAAGCUCAAGCAACAUUCGUUAGUUAAGGUCGGUGAGUGGCGUCCAGGCGCCGGCGUCAACGUGACGGACACCGCGGCCUUUUUCGAGCCAGGCUCGGCGAAUGUCACUCUGCUUGUCAUCACGAUACUGGAAAUUCCGUACGUGAUGAUGCACUACGAAAAAAACUACACGGGGAACGCGCGAUUUUACGGUUUUUGCGUGGACCUACUGGAGGCGGUGGCGAGGGAGGUCGGCUUCUCUUACCGGUUGGAGCUGGUACCGGACAGGAAGUACGGCGCGAAAGACCCGGAAACCGGGGAGUGGAACGGCAUCGUCAGAGAACUCAUGCGACAUAAAGCAGACCUGGCGGUCGGCUCGAUGACCAUCAAUUACGCCCGCGAGAGCGUGAUCGACUUCACGAAGCCGUUCAUGAACCUGGGCAUCUCGAUCCUCUUCAAGGUACCUACCAGCCAUCCAGCCCGGCUGUUUUCCUUCAUGAACCCAUUGGCCAUCCAAAUCUGGCUGUACGUGCUAGCAGCGUACGUCCUUGUCUCGGUGAUGAUGUUCGUGGUCGCGCGGAUCAGCCCGUACGAGUGGAACAACCCUCAUCCCUGCCACGCGGGCUCCGAGGUCGUCGAGAAUCAAUUCUCGCUGGCCAAUAGCUUCUGGUUCACCAUUGGUACCCUAAUGCAGCAGGGUAGCGACCUGAACCCCAAGGCUACGAGCACUAGGAUCGUAGGAGGAAUAUGGUGGUUCUUCACGCUGAUCAUAAUCUCCUCUUACACGGCGAACUUGGCUGCCUUUCUCACCGUGGAGAGAAUGAUCACGCCGAUCGAGAACGCCGAGGAUCUAGCCAGCCAAACGGACAUCUCCUACGGGACGUUGGACAGUGGAAGUACCAUGACUUUCUUCAGGGACUCGAUGAUCGAGACGUACAAGAAGAUGUGGCGGUUCAUGGAGAACAAGAAACCAUCUGUGUUCGUGCCCACCUACGAGGAGGGAAUCCAGAGGGUCCUCCAAGGUGAUUACGCUUUCCUCAUGGAGUCGACCAUGCUGGAUUACAUUGUACAGAGAGAUUGCAAUCUGACUCAAAUUGGAGGGCUUCUGGAUAGCAAGGGAUACGGUAUCGCCACUCCCAUGGGUUCUCCCUGGCGAGAUAAGAUAUCCUUGGCGAUUCUAGAGCUUCAGGAGAAAGGAGAGAUCCAGAUGCUGUACGAUAAAUGGUGGAAGAGUCCUGGUGACACUUGCAUGAGGACCGAGAAAGGAAAGGAGAGCAAAGCGAACUCCUUGGGAGUGGAUAAUAUAGGUGGAGUGUUCGUCGUUCUGCUGUGCGGCCUGGCGUUCGCCGUGUUGAUCGCCAUCUUCGAGUUCUGCUACAGCACCAGGAGGAACCAACCGGCGGAACGGAGAGCUCCAGUAUCGACACCAGCCUCUUCAGAUUCUCUGCAAGGGAUCUCUCAAUCCGUACAGCAACAGCAGCAACAACAACAGCAGCAGGCACCAGCAGCGCAACAGCAGCAGCAGCAGCAGAAUCAGCAACAGGAGUCGCUGUGCUCGGAAAUGGCGCGAGAAUUGUGCCGGGCGUUGCGCUGCCACGCGUCGUCGCGACGCCGACGCGCCUGCGAGAAGUGCUCGACCCAUGUGCUCGGCUAUCCGCCGGACAACCCCACUGCCACCCCCUUGAACGGGAUGAGAUCGCAGAGGAGCAGCUUGGGUGUUCCCACAGUCGAACUGCCGCCACACAUCCACAUGCAUCAUCACGCACCACCACCACCACCGCCACACGGCUACGACGGAACUUAACUCACGACUCUCUCUUCGCACCACUUGUGAUCACCUUUUAGGGCCUAAUGAACGAA